CGGUACUUGGUAGGUGGUGCUCUAACUUCUACUGUAUGGACUCUUGCUCAGUAGCAUGGGAGAAGAGGAAGGACUACAUCAAACACAAUUACUGGACACCAUGUUUGUGCGAGGAUUAAAGAGAAAAUGUUUUGAUGGCGAAGAAGACAUUGAAGGAACUCUGGCUGGUAUUAAGGCUAUUCCUUCAUAUAAUCUUCAGCGGCAGUCACUUUUAGAUAUGUCCUUGGUUAAACUUCAGCUGUGUCACAUGCUGGUUGAACCUAACCUUUGUCGUUCGGUACUUAUAGCCAACACGGUACGGCAGAUCCAAGAGGAAAUGACUCAAGAUGGGACUUGGCAGAUGAUAAGUACACAGAAUACAGGGCAGGCAUCCCUGGAUCGUCUUGUUUCAACAGAUAUCCUUUGUCGUUCAUCUAGGGAACAAGCUGAGGGAAAGCACGUUCCAGGCUAUAGUACUUUCAAUAAGGACUUUGAGGGUGAUCAGGGACAAGAUAAUUCAGAAACUAUGUCAACAGCUUCUUCAGUGCAACCUCCAAGAAACCUGCAGAGCAAUGUGUGGGAAAUGGAGAACCCACAAGAAAAUAAAGGAAACUUUCAAAAAUCAUUAGAUCAAAUAUUUGAGACACUGGAGAAUAAAAGUCCUAAUUCUGUUGAAGACCUGUUUUCAGAAGUUGACAACUCUUACUAUGAUCUUGAUACUAUGUUAACAGGCAUGAUGAGCAACACAAAAAUGGGACACUGUGAUGGGCUGGAAACAUUUUCUUCUCCCACAUCUACAGCUUCUAACUCUAAUUGUAAAUCUGAUCUUAAUGAGCUUGAUCAUAUUGUGGAAAUCCUUGUUGAAUCCUGAAACUCCUUAUCUAGGAGCUAAAGGUCUGUUAAUGGGAAGAAAAGACUUGAGAAAGCUAUUUCCACAGUUUGUUCUAUCAAAUCUGCACGUGUAUUUUACAAAUAUCUAUAUAUUAUAUAGAUAUAUAUAUUAAAAAGCACUUCAUAUUGCAAAAUAGUGUUAACUCUUAAAGUUAACUUGCAACUUGUAGUGUAAUAAUCCAAUCUAUUGUCCAUUGAACUGUAAGUAGAUACGGUAAAUGUGUUCUAAGUUUUUUGGUCCAAGGCUCUUGAAAUUGGGAUCCUUUUACCAAUCCUUUUAGCCUUUGAUGGAGGAUAUGCUCAGUGAGAGGGAUUCUCUCAUCUUUUUCGUACACUUCAUCCAGUAAAUGGUAAUAAACGGAGACAAGUUGGAUAACUGGUUUCCUAUUUUCCGCCAGUUUCCACUUUGUUAUACCACAAAACUCCUACCAUAUCUGCUGCUUCUAAGUCGCUUACAUGGCUCUUAAAGAGCAGUAUGCAAUAGUUUGUGUUAUCCUAGCUAGCUUGUUCUGGGUUUUGCUACAAUUUUUACUUCAAAAAUAGUUUUAAAGUGUUUAUUGGUGUUUAGAUUUUCCAGGUAUUUUCCUAAAAUAUAUUUUUACUACAGAUGUUAUAUCAGCUGCUAACUUAGUAACUUUUGAUCAUACCUGCAGUUGAUGUAUUUUUUGAAAGGUUUUCAAAAAGGGAUGGUUUUUUUUACUGUGAGCUACCCAAUGUAGUUCAGUAAAGUGUAUGUAAAUGUAAAUAUGAUUUUAUACUUUACAUUAAAAUGUAAGAGCUGUUUUCAUUAUUCUGUUUUAUAGAGUAGUACUUUACUAAAUUGAGACUUGUACAAUUAUGCUUUUCACACCACAUAUACUUCAGUAUCGUUAGAAGAGCUUUGAUCCAGCUAGAUACAGUUAAUUCACUUCAGACCAUACUUUUUGUUAACUAUAAACCUAAAUUACAUCGGUUUUUAUUUAUGUAUAUUUAUAUGUAAAUGUCAUCAAGUGAAUUGUUUAUCACUGAGGUCUACCAUCAAAUAUUUGUUUAUAUGGGUUAACUCUCUUGCACUAAUUACUACAAAAAAGUGUUAUUAACAGCUUUUAAAUCUCAACUGGUAUGUCAUGAUGUCUUGUCAUAAUUAAUAUGCUCCACUCUUACCAAGGGUUUCCUCUUGGCUUAUUUUAAUAACAAAAGAUAAUACAA